AUGGCAGAGACGCAUGGUUUGAUGGAGAGACUGGAGAAAGCAGUGACUCGACUUGAAUCGUUGUUUUCAGAUUCACACAGAUCUGGUGCGAUGGAGUGCGAUGGGAUCAAUGGAGUCAAUGGAAGCAUAGCACCAUAUGUUGAAGCCUUUGAUAGGCUGCUGAAUGGAAGUGUUGCUGAGUUUCUCAGGUACAGCAAGAUUCUUGAAGGUGAUGUGAAGACACAUGCAGAGAUGGUACGUGCUGCUUUCCAAGCACAGAGAUCAUUCCUGGUGUUAGCAUCUCAGUGUCAAGAGCCUCAAGAGAAUGAGGUGGCAAUGCUUCUCAAGCCGAUAUCAGAGAAGAUUCAGGAAAUCCAAAACUUCAGAGAAAGGAACAGAGGAAGUAAGAUGUUCAACCACCUUUCAGCUGUCAGUGAAAGCAUACCUGCCCUUGGGUGGAUAGCAGUGUCUCCUAAACCAGGCCCUUAUGUCAAGGAGAUGAAUGAUGCUGCUACCUUUUAUACUAACAGGGUAUUAAAGGACUACAAGAACAGUGACACACGCCACGUUGAUUGGGUGAAGUCAUAUCUGAACAUCUGGUCUGAGCUUCAAGCCUAUAUCAAAGAGCAUCAUACCACAGGUCUCACCUGGAGUAAAACUGGUCCUGUUGCAUCGCCCAUGUCUAUGCGAUCUGUUCUGACGAGUGGGUCAUGCCUUUCACCACCACCACCCCCGCCGCCACCGCCUGGACCACCCCCCGUCUUCGAGACAGAGACUGCCAAGGAUGAAGGAACUGCAUCUCGCUCAGCCCUGUUUGCACAGCUGAACCAGGGAGAGGCAAUUACCAAAGGGCUUCGACAUGUCUCUGAUGACCAGAAGACUCACAAGAACCCCAGCCUACGUGCCCAAGGUCCAUCUGUGCGUUCUCCAACAAAAAGCCAUACUCCAAGUCCCACCUCUCCCAAGAAUUCCCCACAGCAGAGCCAUGCCCCUGUCUUGGAGCUAGAGGGAAAGAAGUGGAGAGUGGAAUAUCAAGAGGAUAAGAAUGACCUGGUCAUUAACAACACUGAGCUCAAGCAAGUGGCCUACAUUUUUAAGUGCAACAAAUCUACACUUCAGAUAAAAGGAAAAAUCAACUCAAUCACUAUUGACAACUGUAAAAAGUUUGGCCUUGUGUUUGACAACGUUGUGGGGAUUGUGGAAGUGAUCAACUCCAGAGAUAUUCAGAUUCAGGUGAUGGGGAAAGUGCCAACCAUUUCUAUUAACAAAACAGAAGGCUGCCACAUCUACCUCAGUGAGGAGUCAUUAGAUUGUGAGAUUGUGAGUGCCAAGUCAUCUGAGAUGAACAUUCUCAUCCCCCAGGAUGGUGAUUAUAAAGAAUUUCCGGUUCCUGAACAGUUCAAGACAGCAUGGGAUGGAUCUAAGUUGGUCACUGAACCUGCAGAGAUUGUGGGUUAACUUCCUAACGCCAUACAGCACUUGCUGACCGUGACCAGACCGCAGCCAGCAUACACAAAGCAGAAAUGUAAAGAACUAGAAGUAGCAGGAGUUCAUACUGCUGUGAUAGGCCUUCAAGCAUUAGCUCUGCAUGCUAGGAACAGUAACACAUCUGACACCCUUUCGUUAGGCAUCCCAGUACUUUUCAUGUUUCCACACAGUUUGGCUUCACGUACAGUUUUAAUUCUAAAUGUGAAUGCAGUAGGUUAAACCCGUCACAUCACUGGUUUGGAAUACUGUAUACAUUAAGCCAAAAUGCUGCAUGAUACACUUUUAUCAUCAUCUUGCUUCAGUGCAUUCCUUUUUGUGUUUCUGCUAAUCAAAAGCAGCAUUAAGACUCUAAGAUGUUUAUUUUUACCUGUUAAGCAAUUCCUGUAUGAUGCAGUAAGAAUGUAAGCCUAGAAAGUAUGCAGUUCCUUGCAGUUCUGUAGCAAUCCUAAUGGGCUUUGUUUUAAACGAGC